AUGAAUGCUGGGGUCAAAGCGGUUGAGACUGCAUUGAAGUUGGCUCAAAAAUGGGCUUACGUCGAAAAGGGGGUACUGGACGGCAAAGCCAUAAUCUUAAGCGUUGGCGAAAAUUUCCAUGGUCAAACUUUGGGUGUCAUGGGUAUGAGUACUGAUCCGGAUUGCCAAAAUUCAUUCGGGCCAUUUCUGACAAGCAUUGGCUCGAGUUGUCCAAUCAAUGAGCCAGCAAACUCCGCACUAAAUGCCCACGGAAAAAAUACAGCCGCACUUUUACUUGAGCCUAUUCAAGGCAAAUCUGAGAUUAUUGUUCCGUACGACGACUACAUUCCGAAAGUAAAGGCUUUAUGUGAAUCACACAACGUGUUAUUGAUAAUGCAUGAGGUGCAGACUGGUCUUGGUCAAACAGGGAAACUAUUUUAUCCAGUCUCUGCGGUUUUGGCAGAUGAUCAUAUUCUGGGAGUCAUCAAACCUGGAGAACACAGCUCUACAUUUGGCGGGAACCCGUUAGGUUGUGCUGUGGCAAUUGCUGCAUUGGAUGUAUUGAUUGAAGAAAACUUGUGCGAGAGGGCCGAGGAAAUGGGGAAACUGAUGAGAAGUGGUUUAUUAUUUCUGUUCGGCUGA